UUGCACGGGGCAUGACUCGCCGCGUUGCUCUGCGGCCCACUCGACAAUUGAGGCUCGAGUGCUGGGGCCCCUUAUUUUGUUCUUGCUGGGGAGAAGAAGAGGGCGUGUGCUUGCGCUUGUUUUCGAGCACGCCUGGUUUUGCACGGGGCCCAGCCUCUCAAGAUGAGCUUUUCGCUACACGGUGUUGUAUCGUGUGGGUUUUGCCCGUUCACCUUCAUAGAUCUACCCCCGGCAUUUGACCGCAUAUGGUUUUGGACGUUCCGGAGGUGUCGCAAGAAAGCACAACUCGAGCCCGCCCAUAGUUGCGGCUAUCGUUUCCCCGUAGUUUCGAGGCUUAUCGGACAGUAGUCUUAAUAUUCUCGGCGGUGCUGGAGAGUUGUGUUGUUCGUGUAUGAUGUUUCGCUGUUGCGGUCUAGAGAGGGGUGCGGAAAAUGGGCAACAUCACGCGCGGCAGCCUCCCGCUCGCUUCGUCUAUCCAUGGAUCGUGGUGCGCCCUGCUCUGCGUGGGAUGACUGGUCUUUUAUUUAUUUAUUUUUUUUGAGUUAUUUUUAUGUGUUGGCGACGGCCCGUGGCACACUCUCGCCGAGCCGGGAGCAUGUACCAUACGGGGGGCGAGACGAAGAUAUGAAAACGCAGAGCGGAGCGAGGCCUUUGCAUGCACACGCUUCCGAGUACAUAACAGUUAAUAUCUCGCCGCGGCUCUGCUGUAGUCUGUAGUAUUUUUAUUUUUUUACCCUCACGGUGGUGGGGCGGCGCAAGAGGAGAGUCGGCCACUACAACACCACACCACUUCCGUGGGUGAAACGACACACAAGAGAGACUGGAGAUAUUCAGCCAGUGGUCGUUUUUUGGGUCCCUUCUUGGAGUUUGGUUUUGGUGGCAUGGCUUAGCCUACAUACAUGCGUUGUGCGGCGGUUUCACCUUCUCCAGCGUUAAGAACUGCAUGUUUUCAUUCAUGGCCGCGUGCAUCGCAUCGCGCUCUGCUACGGCGGUCUGUUUCAUAAAACGGGAGAAUGUCUGUACCGUUGCUGGUGUGUAUAUUCGGAACGGUUUGACAACCGUUUCGUUCGUUGUGCU